ACAUUUCUCUGUUUUCUAAAAACGUAAAGUAGCUACUCAGAUAAAAAAUGGAACAGGUUAUAAUACACAAAGGCCUCCGUGCGCCAACUAAGAGGCCGCCCUUUAACUAGCAACGACGUUCCAUGGGCGGAUCAUUUAGCUGGUUGACGCGGAGUGACGUGAUGGCGAGCGGACUGGUAGCACCGUGGUGGCUCCUCUCUUCUCUUCUGCUGACUACGGCAUGGUCAUGCAUUGCCCACAAUGCAUCUGCCUCACACCUGACCGAAACGCGUCUUCGUCACCUGAUCGUGACAGGCAACGGUAUCUACGAUAUGCUAGUACGGCCUGCCAUUACGCCCAACCAGUCGGUUGUUGUUGAUCUUGAGCUACACAUGUACGCCCUUAUAUCAAUGGACGAGAAAGCACAGGUUAUGACAGGCGCGUCAAGGUUGAAAUUGACAUGGCACGACUACCGAGCUCGCUGGGAUCCAAUGGAUUAUGACAACAUCACUGAUCUAUCACUGGGCCUCAGUGAAAUAUGGACGCCCAAGAUUCUUCUGAGUAACGGGGCAGGUGACAGGAUUGAAAACCCUGUUAAGGAGAGCGUCUUUUUGGCCUUGUUGAAGUGGGAUGGAACGGUCGAACUACAAGGUCAGGUCAUCCACAAGACACAUUGCGCGAUGCAACUGUCGGAGUUUCCAUUCGAUCGACAGACCUGCUGGCUGACCUUCUCAUCCCAGAAUAUGCCGAAGGACAUGAUUACCCUUCGUGCCGGCGCCAGCAGUGUGUAUGGUCUUGAGAUAACCAGUCAGUGGCGCCCCCUCGAACUGUACGGCGUGGUGCCUGAAUACGUUAUUGGUUCACGAACCUACCAAUUAUUAGGUUUGAAAUUCACCGCCGAGCGGCUUCCUCAUUACACCCUGAUGAAUGUGGCCCUGCCAUCUGGGGCCAUGACGUUCAUCUCACUGUGGGUCUUCUGGUUACCCCCAGAGAGUGGAGAGAAAGUGUCUAUGGCCGUGUCCAUAUUGCUUGGCCAGGCCGUCUUUUGGCUGGUCGUGAUCGAGUCUCUGCCGAUCACGGGCGGCCAAGGCACGCCAAUCCUACUGAGCAGCAUCGAGUGUAACUUCCUCGUGGCUGGCCUGGCAAUCCUGCUCAGCGUGGUCACCGUCAGAGUGCACCACCGGCCUGGGCCGCUACGCGGGCGCGUGCUUCGAAUGGUGUUCCUCCGCAUUCUGCCCGUGGUUGUCUGCGUGACGAGAGCAGGUACCAGGAAGGGGAAAGUUGACAUGAGCGACUCGCAAACUCCGACGGACGCCAAGUGCACUCACACGGUGGACGAAGACGCGGCUCAGAGUGUCUCGACAAGCACAGAGGAUAGAUUUUCCGAUAAGGUUGCCGAAUUGAAAUCACGUGAAGACCCCCAGAGUUGCUCCAAAGCCAUCAAAGACGAAAAUGACUCAGAAGACAUGAAGCUGGUUGCAGCGGUGCUGGAUCGCUUCUUCUUCGUGAUUGCGGCGGUUUUGUUCAUUUACGGCAAUCUUCCGCUGAUUAUAAAAUGGAUGUCCAUGUAAAAACAAAAUGGCUGCGGCCUUGUACAGGAAGGUGUCAUCUAUUGAUCUCCAUUAAUGAUACUUAAUAUAUGACCGACACACAGAUCAUUGUCAUUUGUUUGGUGGAACUCACAUAUCUGACACUCGUUAUUGCUCCCUACCACGCCGGGGCUCAAAAAGUCCCAUUCUUCUACGCGUAGCACGUAUUGUUACAAAGAGCCAGCGCUCCAGCGUUGGGUUCAAACAUUUUCGCAAAGGGAUGUUUCGGAAGAGAGAAAUAUGUUGUUUUUUUCAAGAAUAUUUUGCAUUGAAAUCAAAUU